CUGUUCUCUUUUUCAUUUUAAUAUCAGUUUCUUUUCUGAUAGUCUUCUCUUCGUAAUCGCCUCCUAGAUAGCUUCAAUCUGUUUCAAUGGCCGGUAUGCUUCCCGGUGUUGAAUGUGCUAGAAGGAGACGGACCCGCCCGAACGGAAGCUCAUCCGAUUCACCAAUCGUCGCUGCAAUUGGCUCCACAAGGAAAUCCUGUUUUUGUCUGUAUGCAACCAAACACGAAUCUCAUUUUUGUUUACAGAAGCAAAGGAGCAUAUUAGUCGAGGCCUGUGAAGAUGAGAAGCUGGGAGGAACAGCAAGAGAAGCUAAGAGAAGAUUAGAUGAGAGGUUGAGAUCACAAAGAAACUCACAUCCUAAGAGGAAAAAUAACAAAGAGAAUUUGGAGAGAGGGGGCUUGGAUUCACAAGGGUUUGAACCAAAGAAGAAGAGAGUUAGGUGGGCCAAGUAGAAAUUACGCUCACACU